AAUAAUCCCCAAACAGACUGCAGCCCACAGUAUAUACCCUCGCGAAAGGGUUUUGCCUUUUGGAACGUGUAAUUCCAAAACCUCAAGCGAAGAAUUCCACUAACAGUAGCAAUGGCUUCAUCAAUUUCUCGAAGUUUACGUCUUCGCAGUUUCUAUGGCUUCCUUACUUCCCAAUGGCGUUUCAGUAAACCCUCAUUUCACAGCCUUCCCGAAAAUUCCUGCACUUUCCCAUCGAAUUUUUUCAGAGAUGAUCGAUACGGAAAGUACCCAGCUUUUGCUGCACUCAAUUUUAAAUUUUUGUGCACGACUGCUACUGGUAACACUAUUAAUCCAUCAAAUUCAGAUGCGCCUGGAGCUGGAAAAUCGACUAGUGGAUCGUCGGAUGGUAAUUCUGGAAACAGUAAUGAUGGCAAGAGUUCUGGUGGAUCGCAAGGGAAGCCUGUUCGUGGUGGGCCUGUUUCGUGGAUGAGCUUCUUUUUGCUUCUUUGCACGGGAGCGGGAUUGGUUUACUACUAUGACAGGGAAAAGGAGCGGCACAUUGAAGGAAUAAAUAGUGCUUCAAAUGCUGUGAGGCAAGGACCCUCUGUUGGGAAAGCAGCUAUUGGGGGUCCAUUUAACCUCAUCGACCAUAAUGGGAAAGCUGUAACUGAUAAGAACUUCGUGGGGAAAUGGAACUUGAUUUAUUUUGGUUUCACUCACUGCCCUGAUAUAUGCCCGGAUGAACUACAGAAGCUUGCUACUGCAAUUGAUAAAAUAAAAGAAAAAUCUGGAAUGGAAGUGGUGCCUGUUUUCAUUUCAGUUGAUCCAGAAAGAGAUACCGUUGAACAAGUUCGUGAGUAUGUCAAAGAAUUUCAUCCAAAGUUGAUUGGGUUAACUGGUAGCUCGGAAGAAAUUAAAAGAGCUGCGCGUGCUUAUCGAGUGUACUAUAUGAAGACAGAAGAAGAAGGUUCAGACUACCUUGUUGAUCACUCAAUAGUCAUGUAUCUGAUGGACCCAAAUAUGCAAUUUGUCAAGUUUUUUGGGAAGAAUGUAGAUACUGAUUCACUUGCAGAUGGCGUAGUUCAAGAGAUAAAGCAACACAAAGUCGUAAAAGCAUAAAUAAUUCUGCAUUCUACUGCUUGAAGAUAUAUCUAAGGUCUCAAUUGAACUAUAUUCUUUCCAUGGCCAUUUUCAGAACAGAAUAAUCUCAAGGGUAUAUUUUUGAAGAUUUUACGAUGGUAUACUUUAUUGAUGGUAUAUUAAGGCCUUGUUUGGCAAGUUUCUGCUUUUUGUAGAAGAGUUUAAUGAGAAAACUGUCUUUGGUUAGCUUCAUUUAAAAACUCUUUCGAUUAGGUAGUAUUUGACUACUUUCAGUAAGUUAUCUCAAUAUAUUAAAAUAUAGCUUUUUAA